GCUACUCGCUGGUCCGUCACCAGAAAUAGGCAUGCGAGAAAAUGAUUAUGGACGAAGCAGUUGCUUUGAUCAUUUUCCAGCGAUGGAUUUACGCUGCGAAAGCCACGCGUGGUGCGCGUAUGUCGUGAAAGCUUGGGUUCGUUGAGAUCGGUAAUUAACAGGGUCGAUUUCAGGGAGCAGUUGUGUCCAAGAAGCUCUCUGUGGAAGCACUAGAAAGGACCUAUAUCAUUCCACUGUCUCAUCGAAUUGCCGAAGUUCAGUGCGAGUCCUUUCUGUAGGAAUCAUGAAGCCAAAUGCGGCAAAUCAUGAAGACCUUUGCAAGAUGCAUGGCUCGUUCCGAAGUUCCUGGCUGUUGACGCUCUAGUUCCUGACUUGGCCUACUUGCAAUUCAAAGACGAAAUUCAGGAGGCCGACAUAGAUUGUGAAUCAUGACGGUCUCAGCGGCCAGCACAAAUGUUACGGGCACCACUCACUCGAGUUCUUCUACCAGCGAGGAGACUUCUCCUGCGAACCCUGAUGCUGCGCCUGAGAAUCAUGUGAAUUUUGACACAAGCACAACUCCGCCAGUUCCUAUGAGAGGAAUUUCACUGAGAAGUCCAAGCCAGACGGACAUGUUUUUUAAAACUCGUACAGUCAGUGAAGCGGAUGCGUUGAUUCGAGCACGUACCCAAAGCCAAGCUGAUGCCUUCCUCAGGGCUCUUGCUCCAGACGCUUCAUUUCUCAAGGCACCAGACACAUUCGACAUUGAAAUCGGACCAAGAAAAUCAUCCGUUGGUUCCUACCUGCGGGGUGAUCCCAAUGCACUUCUCGAAGAAGAACUGGAAUACAUGUCCGAAGAAGUUCAAGAGUUGCACGAGGAUGUGGAAAUUCAAAAGCCUGUUGUGCCGGAGGACUGGGAAAAGGAUGAGGUUUGCAGGGAGUGGGCAAAGGAUCCUUUUGUCAUGCCAGACGACGACAGAGUUUUCCGCAUCAGAGACGCCCAACGUAGAAGAGAGAAAAAAGAGCGAAGAGAACAAGCAGCCUGGUCUGUUCGGGAGAAAACAACUUUCGCUUCAAGGAUGGGAGCUGCAGUUGGAUCGGAAAAGCUGAGAGUGAUUCUUAGAGAGCUGGAAAAAGAAUGGGAGAACAUGCUCCUGCGGUUGAACAAGGAACUGCCUAAACCAGCGCUACAGACUGUAUUCUAUCAUCGAGAUGAGGAAACUGUACUGGAAUUUGUGGCUAAGAAACGAGAAAUUUUCCUGGUGCAAAUGAGCUUAGACACCAGACGGGCUGAGAUCCGCAAGUUACAGGACAGAAUCUUUCAGCGCGAAGAGGCUUUGAAGAAAAGUGAAGGAAUGCUGGAGGAAGAUAGUUUGGAGUUCGAUGCUUUUUUGAAACGAAAUGACGCAGCGGUUCAAGAAGCUGUUAAAACGGCGGAACAAGAGACUAAGCGAAGGCAAGAUAAGAUCAUAGAAAUCAAGAAGCUGAACAGUGCCAUCGCUACUAUCAACAGUGAUCUUAAUAAGUUUGGAGAACAAUUGGACGAUUGCAAGAAGUACAAGGAUUUCCUGAUCAAGCUUACUCCAAAAGAGUGGUUCGAAGAACAAGCAAAAAUUAAACAGCAAGCUCAAGAAUUGGAAGCAUUAAAAGCUCGACAGCUUCUAAAGAGUGCUGGAGAUUCUUCCACCACCAGUGACAGGAGCAAAUACCACGGAGAUCACGACGCUGUAAGCUCAUCCCCUGUAGAUGAUAUUGAUGAUGAGGUUGAAGUAGAGGAGACCAUGUAUUUUCAGCAGCCUCACCAGCUUCUGGAGAUAUUCAGUGACCUUGAAGUGGAAAACCUAGCCCUCAUGCAGCAGAGCCAGGACGUUGAAGGUGCUUUGGAAAACCUCAAGACUAAGCUCCGUGAAACACAAGGGAAAAAUGAUCUCAAAAUUUCUGGCUUGCGCUCCCAGCUACAGGUUAUCGAGACCGCUGUGAAGAAUGAAGAGGAGAGGCAGCGGAUGAUGCAGUCAAAGACUAGUUUGAAUACAGAAGACAAGAAACAUGAUAUUUCCUUGGAACAACUGACACGAAAGGUCGUGGAGGUAUACGCAAGGGCUGGUCUGGACAGCGAUGCGUCUUUGAGCACUCUUCAGAUGCUGACCAACUUGGAAGCAAAAUUGGAGGAGAAUCUUCUAGGUAUAGAUCAUAUACCUCCGGAGUACGUGGAGCAGCAAGAGAGAAUUCGAGAGAAGGAAAGGAGAUUGAAAGUACGCCAACAAAAACUAGAGCUUUUACGCCAAGAACACGAAGCUCGUCGUCUACGAAGUUUAGAGCGUGCAAGGGCUCCUAUUUUCAAAAGAGUUGGGAAACCGCCAAUGUAUAGAGUCAAUUUAGUUAAGAAAAAACGUAAGCCUAAAAUAGAUGCUAGUGGAAUCGAUGAGGAGGUUGAAUUAGCUGAAUUUCUUGAGCGAGAGUAUUAAUUCAGCAGGUUCGAAGUCGUCGUGCUGCUCAAAUAUCUACCAAGUUAGCUCUUUGUAUAGACCAUUCAUUACAGAAGAGCCUCACGUAUAAACUUUGCUUGCACAACAGCAUAUUCUUUUAGGACUGGUUUUAUUUCUUGGCCCAGAGAUGGCACCCUGGACAUUUGUAGACCGGCCUUUUGCAAUGGAUCCUGCGAACAGAACAAAUCUUCUACACUUUUAAUACUAUCACAUCGUGCUGCGUUUGAAAGGAUUGGCUUCCUUUAUAACUGCAGAUGUUGUUUCGUUGAGGGUUACGUGAGUAACAUGUGGAUCAAGUUCUACAAACAUCUUCAUUUCUGUUCUUUCAUCGUCCCAACACUCUGUUCGCGAAUUCGUCUGGCUAUUCGACAAGAAAAAAUUGUCUUCUCUGCAUUAUUACUCUACCUUGUAGUCUCAGUCAUCUGAUGUCAGAAUGCUGUUGAAAUGUAGUCCCUGAUACAAGGACCCGGAAUGGUCUGUACCACCUCUUGGGCCACAUAUGGUGUGAACUUAUGGUCGUCGAUGUUUGUAGAGUAUUAAAGGAGCAACAUGUCGAAUUUCUCAUUGGACGGAACGAGUCCAUACCCGUCGUGAAGGCUUGCUCUUGUCAGUGCAGGACUUCGAUCUGGUCGGAGCUCUUUGAAUCAUUAAGGGCAGCCAGUCGAGAUUGUUUCCAAAAAACUUGACGUACAUGCCGAGUCUUCACUGGCAUAUCAGAACAAAUCCAUAUCAGCGACCGUCUAUCCGAGGCGAGGACGCAAGGGACUAACUAGCAGAUGUGACUCGCGGACAUCCAAGGCCUCGAUCUG